AAUGCUUUUUAUUCAGUAACAAGCUCAUUGAGGAGCGGACAGACCCUCCAGAGCCUCUGCAGUCAGUCAGUCAGUCAGAGCGUCGCUCUGCCAGCGCAGGUUACUCCUCCGGACUUCAGCCUCUGAUUCUCCAAAUCCAGCACCAUCUGCACUUUACUGGCUUUUAUUUUUACAUACACAGAGACAUUCAGACACCGUGGACCUGCCGGACUCGAGUGUUAAAAUCUACUUUUGCUGCACGUUUCUGCUGCUGUCAGGCUGCACAGAGCUUUUCUCACAGGUUUGGGGUUUUCCUGGUGAUGACCUCACUGCUGUUCCCUGGAAACGCCCACGCUGCGAUGAAGGACCUGUCUUCCUCCUCCUCUCCUCUCUCCUCCCUGCUCCACUACCCUUCCUCAAAAACCUCCGUCGUGCCCUUCUCCCCAUCCGCUGGCCCCACCUCCACGCCGGUGUCGACGCUGUCGACGGCUCCGCUCUCGAAACCUCAGCCCUUCUGCCUCCAGACGGGGCCUCAUCUCAUCGCCAGCAUGCAGCUGCAGAAGCUCAACUCGCACUACCAGAACCUCACCAGUGCGUCUGCUGGACACCCAGCACCCGGUGGAGCUCAAAGGGGCUUCGGAGCCUCACCUCUUGGCACUGGAAACCAGCUCCUGGGGCCAUCUGGAGGCCUUGGAGGAGGUGGGAUGGGAGUUGGAAUCAGCAUGGGGAACCAGGGCUCCGGUGCAAGUGGAAUUAUCGACUUUGACCCUGUGGACGAGGAGGUUCUCAUGUCCCUGGUGGUGGAGCUGGGCUUGGACCGAGCUAACGAGCUGCCCGAGCUCUGGCUGGGUCAGAACGAGUUUGAUUUCAUGUCAGACGUGCCGGCUGGAUGCUGACCUACUAGAAGAAAAGCAGUGGAAUUGCUUGACAAAGAGAGAGAAGACUUUUUCUCCCCUGUUUUAUUUUUAUCCUUCCUCCUUUCUUGGCUGAUAAAAUGAGGAAACAGAAGAGACACUGAGUGAUUAAAAAGAAGGAGAUUAGAGACAUACACUUGUUUCUAUUAUGCUUUCAUACUCUCUACAGGCAGACAGAGGGAUCGGUGAAGAAAAAGAUAGCUUGCUUUUGAAUUUUUGUUGUGUUUUUAACAGAGGUGAGAGAGAGCGUAACCUGUUUUUCAUUUCGUUCAGUCAGUUUAUUUUUCUUGUCUAGGAUGAAACUGGCGGCUGAGCCCCAGCCUAAUAGGAUUAAGAAUUCUUUUGUUUUGCCUCAUCCCGCUCUAAUUUUUAUGUUUCCUUUUCAUUUAAGGAAGAAAAACAGAAGCAUAAGCAGAGUAUGAAAAGAAACAAGGAGUCUUAGAAACCUUAUUGCUCCUGUCCUGUUUCCUCCAUCACUCCCUCUCUUGCAGGCUUAAUCAAAACCAGGUGAUUUAAUAUGAGAAGGUUUGGCAGAGAUGCUUGAGUCAGUCUCUUGGAAACAAACAGUGCAGAUGACAAAGACACACCUGUUGGACUUGGCCCCCCCUUCUUUUCUCAGCGUUGUCCUCUCUCGAUCAUGUUAGAACUUAAGGAAAAUGAAAAUGGGAAACAUGACUUUAUGGGAGAUUCGUGAAGGAUGACAAACACUAUGUUUCCUGUUUUCUUAAUGGACAAUAUUAGACUCUGGUCUCACGGGAAAGAGACUCCCGUCUCUCGGCUACACAAAGAAACGGAUUGUCUGAGAACUGGUUAUCUCAAUGUACUUCUUUUUCUUUCUUUCUUUUCUUGUUUGAAUUUAGUUCAACCAGCUGUAUUCAUAGAACAUGUUAUUUAAGACAGUGGCUGAUAUCCAUCAGGUCUCUUGGACAAGGAAGGCUUCUGUAGCACAUCUACUAUCGGUUCUACUUUUCUGAACAUAAUGAAUUAGAUCAAGAGUCGAGGAGUCUUUCGGAGCAUGGGACCUGAAUGGAGUAAAUUGUUUCUUGCCCUGAAGCGCAGCCUCAUUAAAAGCGAUCGAGGCCUUAUGGUCAUGUGAGUUGCCACUACAUGUACAUGUUUUGUUUUCUGACCUGUAAGAAACACUGACCUCGGUGGUCGUGUCAAACUGGUGUCAAAGAGUCUGGAUAGCACUUCCUUGUACAUUGAGGAUACAAGGUUUUGUCAACAUGUGUGGACAUAAACUGAAAGAGAAAAACAGAUAAAUGCACGUCCUCUGCUUUUUGUUUUUCCUGUUCUGCCACUUUCAUGUUUAUGCCUAAACAGUCUGUUCAACCCUGACAAAAUUGUCUAUCACCACACUUCCAUGCUGCUGAUAAGGAAGCCUUGUGUGUGCUGUCAGUGGGUCUGGAGCCUGGUGUUUGCACACCUUGUAGGGCAGUCUUUGUCCAGAUGCAGGUCCACACCGGAGCAGGCGUUAGGAAGGUUUAAAUGGGACCAACGAGGGUUAAAGUUAAACCUCUCAGAUGUGAUCUUUUCAUUGAAGAUACUUAAGCAUGCAGAUAACAUGCAAUUUAUUAUCUGAACACAGUGCAGGAACAGAGUAGGAAAAAGGCAUGUGGGUGACUCAGGUGUGCAACAGCUCCACUGUUAACGGCUGUUUUCAUUUAGGUUUCCUGAGUCAAAGAAAGAAAUCUGCUAAGCCUGCCUGCGUGCUGCUAAUGUUCCUGUAAGACAGGACAUUUACCCUCAGUAACGGACAUUACAUUACAACCAGCACCAUCAUCACCCUUGGACCAUUUCUGCCUCUCCACCACUGAUAAAAGGAACUUCAGACAGUUUGGAACUGGUUCUCUGUUGGAACCGGCUCGUGAUUUCCAUCCCUACUCAGGCUUUGUGUAGAGCUCUCACCUGCAUCAUACAAAUGAACUUUUAAGCUAACACAGAUGAAAAGUCCUGAAAGGGUUGGAUUAUAUCAUAACAGCUGCUGAGCUCACAUGUCAAAUCCAUCUCUGUGACAACUGAGCAAAGUCCCAUCUGCUGCCGAAGACCAUGUGAUAUGGUUGAGGCUGUGGAAAAGUAAGUUGAGGACUUACAGAGUUAGGACAGUUUGGUCAAAUGUUAGAGUUGUUUUACAUGUGAUGUGUGGACAUGUUUUCACAUACAUGUUACAUUUCACAGCUUAGAUUUCACGUGUGUGUGUCUGAAAAUCACAUGUGCCUGUGGUGUGAACUUAUCACGCACAGAACAUCCAAAAACGUGAAUAUAUAUGUGAAUAUAUCACCCAUGAAUCACAGCUUUAACCAGGAAAUAGGGGUGAAUGAGGUCCCUCCUCCCACCUUAAACAUCUGUUUAUUUAAAUGAUCUAAAAACAAAUAAUAAACUUAUUCAUUUAACUGUUCAGUUACAUGCUCUGUAAAUUUGUUCUCCCUAAAUCACGAUUCGCCAUUUAUAUACAUAACUAUGGUACAGAUUUCUAGAAACAUUACAUUAACACAAGCUUUUUGAUGCUGCCAGAUGUGGUCACCAAUUUGGUUCACAAUUUAUCCCAGACUCAACCGUUUUUAGUUGAUAGAGUCAACUCUCCAUCUACCAGGUGCUGUUCCUCGCUGCUGCAGAGUUUAAUGGCUGAAAAAAAUCCCAUGAGGGGGUUAAAUUGACACCCGACCCUCCGCAUUAGGUGCUUUACUGUGCAGCGUCCUGCUGUGGAUGGAUGUAGUCAGGAUGGGGGCUCUGACCUAUAUCUGUUGUGGUAAGGAGAGAUGGUUGGGGGGGCUCAAACUGCGCGGCGGGAACAAAGGCCUUUCACCUCAGCCCAGCGUGUCAGUCAUCCUGGGCAUUGUGAGUCUGCUCUUGGACCACACACACGAAAUAACACACCUGUAUGCAUACAUACAUGAGCUUGCAACAAAACACCUGCAUGUGCAUUUAAGUUCAUGCAAGCACCUACGGGCUAAAACAAACUAUAUGCAGACAUACAAAGGCAUGGAAAUAAACACAUCACACACACACAGGAGCGAGGGGAUGGUGUUACAGCAGGGAAAUGGGAGUAGCAGCCAUGAAACAGGCACUUGUUCAGUUACACACAGACUUCACAGGGUACUGGGGUUGUUUGUGUGUCUGUGUGAAAACAGAUAGUGAAAAAGAGACAGAGUGAAAGCCCGUAUGCAAAAUGGAAUAAUGUGUUAAAGGGGAAACUAUGAUCAGCAGGUAAUCCGUCCACAUGAAGACCACUGACAGAGGAACAGAACACACGCUGGGCCCUGUUAGUUUAUUCAGAUAUAAAAAGAUCAGCUUACACACAAAAACACAGCUUCACUUCCUCAGGAGUGCACACAUGCUUCUCAAGUCCUUUUCAACUAUUGUCCUACACCUACACUCACACACACACACAUACACACUGCACAAUACCUGUUUGUGAUGUUGAUGAGGGUCUCAGUUACAGUCAAUGAGCACAAAUGUGAGAAGCAGUGAUUAAUGAAAACCCGCUGAAGGAGUGACAGAAUAAUUUUUUUUAAAGGGAUUUGCUGGGUAUUUCCUUUAUAACAGUCACUUUACCGGUGCAGUGGGCAGCAAAGAAAGAAAUAAAGACGCUUCUCAUCACUUCCAAAUCCGACAGACAGACACGCUGAUUCUUCUCUUCCUCUGUCUCGUCGCCUAAGUGGGUCAAAAUAACAUUCUUCAGAUCGAAGACAGUCUCGUGUUUGUUUCCAUCUGCUAAACAUUGUUUUAAAGUCCCUAUUUUUUGUGUCUGUGUUGUUUUGCAGUCCGGCCUUAAUCCCAGCUGAGUGAAUGUUGUUAUUUGCUGUGUGAACUACAUGGACGCCCCCCUCCCCUCCUCUCCCUUCCUCUCCCCUCCUCUCCCCCUGAGAAGUUGCCUGGUCGAGAUGUUUGAAUCUUCCGAGGGCUUUCAUUUCCUCUUUUUCCUUGACCCCUGAUAUUGCAGAUUAACCCCGGGACAGACCUUAUGAACCAAAAUAUACCUCACAGCUAUUUGGUUUCUAAUGACAGAGACUUAGAUCCAUGCAGAAUAUUCCUCACUUUGGCUGUGGUUUGCUUGGUAUAUGCCAGAAUAUGUUGAGUUGGGUUUUCUCCCUGAGAUCUGGAGCCAUGUAAACCCCUCAUGGUCCUUACAGCUCUAAUGAAGUAAAUUUACAGUUUCCACAUGACAGCAGUGAUUUGUUGCACACUUGGCUGUCGCCCCUGGGCUUCAGGGUCAUGAAAAAUGUUCUAACACAUCAAGGACUGUGAAAACCUUCGACACAAGUGGUGAUGUAUUUGUUAAAAGGUCCCUGUUACAAGGUUUCUUCGCCACAGUAAUGAAAAUGUUCAGCCACUGUUCUGCUGCCAGGUCUACUUGUGAAAUUGGAGUAGACUCUUCACUGGUUUAUUCCUUGUUUUUCAUCAUAUUUACCUGUAAACAUGUAGAUCAAAGCCUUAUUUUGUGUUUUAUUUUUGCUUGCUUUUUGGUUCUACUUGCAGUUUCUUUCUUUCUUUGUUUUUUUUUUCUUAAUGAUGAAAAAAUUAUAUUAUUCAAAGAUGAUUUUUAAAGCACUUUUGCUCACCGGCUCUCACUUGUACAUCUAUAUGAAUAUGUAAAUGACUGAGAUCAUAUUGAAAAAUGCUUGUAUUUUUGUUACGGCUCUGAAG